AGUCAUUUCGAAUCCCUGUCUUCCCUCCCCUUUUCCCCACUCCCCGUUUGGUCUUCCGAGGUAUAAAGACAUUAUACUAUUCUUCAAGUGAUUUGGCUAGUCGACUGCGCUCCCUGUUGAUAUAUCCAUCUACCGGCGGAACGGCAUAUAAUCAAUCAAUCAAUCCAUCAAUCACUCAAGCAAUCCCUUGGUUGCGAAAAGGUCGAAACAACUACCACCACCUGUUGAUUUGACUCACUCCCUAGACAAAGACAUCGAGAGACAUACACUGCUGUGUAUCCGAUCGAGGGCAACAUUCGUGCUCGGCUUAUUCCAUAUAUAUCCCCUCGAGACAUACCUUCCUUCCGUCCGCCCGCCCAGCCGUCCGUCCGUCCCUCUGCUCUUCGCAGGCCGGUCAUUCAACUCAACUCUUGCUCUGUCUUAUCCGAUCCGGAGCCGGCAUUCAACGGAAGACUCAGUCGAUCGCAUCGAGCGUUGGUAGAUUUUGUGCACAAUGCGGGACGGUGGAUUGGGGCGGUUGCAGAAGAGGAUGAGGCGGUUUGGUGAUUCGUUGAAUCCGGAUGAUGCCUACCUUAGCUAUCAUGAUAUUCGUUUAACAAGAGAAGACAUGCAGUCUCUCAAAAAUGACUGGCUCACGGAUAAUAUCAUCUCCUUCUGGGAGGAAUAUCUAGAGCGCGAAUUCCUCACCCAAUACAAAUCCUCCAACAUCGUCCUCCUCCGCCCCAGCAUGUCCUUCAUGAUCCUGCAAACCCCCAACCCGCAUUCCCUCCGCGAAGCCCUCCCUGACUUCACGCAAACAACGCACGUCUUCCUCCCGAUAAACGACUGCCGCAACGUCACAGAAGCCGAAGGCGGCACGCACUGGUCCCUACUCCUGAUCUCCAUCGUCGACGGGAUAGCCUUCCACUACGACUCCCUGCCCCCGGGGAACUACUGGGAAGCGCGAGCAGUGACGACCAAGUUCGGGACGCUCCUCAACCGGCCGAUUCGCUUCGUGCAUCUUGAGGACUCGCCAAUGCAGGAAAACGGCAGCGAUUGCGGCGUGUUCGUGUGUCUCAGCAUGCGACAUCUGCUCCUCAAGAGACUCUUAACGGCUAACGCCAGCGAAAAAGUCAGCAUGAGUCUGGGGGGGAGAAAGGUUGACGCCCGGUCUGGGCGUAAGGAAAUUGCCAAGAUUAUUGAAGGGUUUCGAAAAGAGGGCGAGAGACGUCGAUCAGCAAGUCUCAGCCCGGCAGGAAACAAAUCCAACAGUCCACCCCGCAUCGAAUGAUUUAACAAUGUCCACUAUUGGUUAGCAGUAACGGCAUGACAUGGCAAGAAAGCACAGAGAGAAAAGAAAAAAACAGAAAAGAAAAAGAGUAUAAGGGGUUCAUACCGGCGCUUUUUAUUUAUAUCAUAUCAUUACUUUUGUUAUUUUGCUUGAUUUGUUUCUUUUUCCUUUGGUUGAGAACGGGGGAUGGAUGUGGAAGGAUAGGAUGGGAUGGGAUGGUAUGGCAUUAAUUGACUGGGCUGGCCCACACGCACACACGCGCACACAGUGAUGGAAUGAAUGGUGCUUGGCACUUGAUACAUAAACAGCAUAGCAUAGCACAUGGCAUAUGGCAUUGUUUCUUGUUUAAAUGAUGAAUUAAUAAUGCAAUGCAUAUCAGUAUG